GCCCCGGGUCCCUGUCUCUGCUCAGUCGAGGGGAUUAAUGAUAAAGAGCCGCUCCUCUCCUCUCCUCCCAUGUAGGUCAUGCUAUGACCGCCUCGUUACUCCUCGGCUCGCCCUGGAUCGACCCGGUCAUGUUCCUCUACGACGGCGGCUCACAGGAGGAGAGAAGCAAGAAUAUGGAAGGCUUCACCGGUGGGAACUUCGCAGCGAACCAGUGCAGGAAUCUGUUGGCGCAUCCGACCUCGCUGGCUCCCAGCACCACCUACGCUGCGAGCGAAGUGCCAGUCUCUGGCGUAGGGGAGCCUGGCAAGCAGUGCAGCCCCUGUUCUGCCACUCAGAGCUCGCCCAACGCCUCUUUGCCCUACGGAUACUUUGGGAGCGGGUACUACCCAUGCAGGGUGUCACACGGCGGCGUCAAGGCGUGCGCGCAGCCCUCCGGUUAUGGAGAGAAAUAUGCAGAUUCGUCGGUCUCUGGUGAGGAGUUCUCCACCCGGGCGAAAGAGUUUGCCUUCUACCAGGGAUAUUCCUCCAGCCCCUACCAGCCCAGCUACCUGGACGUACCGGUGGUGCCUGCGCUGAGUGCUCCAUCAGAGCCCAGAGAGUCUCUGCUGCCCAUGGAGCCCUAUCAGCCCUGGGCCAUCACCAACGGGUGGAGCGGUCAGGUUUACUGCACCAAGGAGCAGCAACAGCCAAACUCUCUGUGGAAAUCCUCAUUACAAGACUCCUUAUCUGUUGGUGUGGACAGCUCAGUCCGUCGUGGGAGAAAGAAACGUGUGCCAUACACCAAGGUGCAACUCAAAGAACUGGAGAGGGAGUACGCCACCAACAAAUUCAUCACUAAGGACAAAAGGAGGCGGAUAUCUGCGCAGACGAACCUGACAGAGAGACAAGUGACGAUCUGGUUCCAGAACAGGCGCGUAAAGGAGAAAAAAGUUGUCAAUAAGUUCAAGAGCUCCAGUUAGCUCUGGAGACAUUCCCAAUGAGUGAAAGACAGACAUGGGUGCGCUUACAGCAGAGGAAAAGGGGACAGAAAACUGUGCUAUAAUUUAUUCCAUUUAUGAACCGCUACGCGCUCUCGACAGAGCGGCUCUGGUUUGAACUAUGUUUCCCUCCUCGUUUUAAUUGGAACCAGUCCGUGGGACCUGUUGGCAGAAAGUCGGAAGUGAUCUAAAGUUUUAAGGCUAUUUUUUGCAUGGGAUGCUUCAGUAAUCACCAUGGUGACAAGACAUCCUGCGUUGAAACGGUUGAAACUCCAACAAAUUGUGCGCAUUUUUCUGUUAAUGAGAAGAUAUAAGGCUGAAGCGCCCGAAAAAAUAAGAGUAACACUUUUAUGUUUCUGACUGUGGUGAAGAAUAAAAGCAGCAAAAUUAAUGGAAGACAUCUGUAGUGUUUUUAUCCCAAAUUUAGGCUCCAACCUCAAUUAGAAAAAUUAAUUUUCCUUUCAAAACAUUCUCAGCAGGUUACCUACCAAAUAAAACAUUCCCAAGCGUUUCAUUUGAUAUUAAAUCAGGAUUUCCACAGUUUCACCCAAGGGCGCUUUCGGGAGGUUUUGGGAGUGGUGACCAGAUGGUCCCCGAUGAUGAUCUUGAUGUGACACUGAAACCCAAAUUAUUAUUGGUGCAAUUGUUAUAAACAGGGGGAGGUGGCACACUAUGAAACACAAGAACGGACAUACAUUAACAUUAUUUAUUUAAAAAAUAACAUUUGCAACUAAUGUUAGCUCAUUUGCUCCUGUGUUAAAUUAAUUUUGAGAAAUAUUGGAGGCCGGGGGACCUGCAAAACUUGUAAAGGAGGCCUCUGACACUUUUGCCAAGGCCUGUACUUAGAGAAGAUUAUGUUACUCCCGUAUUUACCAAGAAAGCAUUUUCUCAUACUUAACAUUUAAGAAAAGCUUUACAAAAACGGAUGAGAUACAUUAAACACAUUUAACGUGUAAAUAUUUUCUGUGCAGCUAGGCCUGUUCCUGUUUCUUAUUCAUAAGCCAACGUUUUGGACAAUAAAUGUUUUAGAGACACUGAGUGCUGUCACAGGGUUUUCGUUUAUCUUUCUUUUUCAUAAGAAAGUUAAAAUAAAGUGUUUGACUUCCAAAUGAAAAUAUGAUUUAUGUUUGGUGUAACGAUUGACGUGUUAACUGGCAAACGGGACCGACGAUAAGUUUAUAUGCAGGUCCCAGUAUUUACCACAGACACUCUGGGUCGCCAUCUAGUGGCCAAUCUUCGUCUGUACAGUUUUAUUUGCCUCCGGGAUGCAGUUUUAAAACUUGUAGUUAGAUUCUGCUGGGUACUGCUCAUGUUGCUGCAUUGAAUUGUGGUUAUAAUUACUUCAAUAAAUAAUAUAUAUCAGCAA